GGCGGGUCAGAGACGGUUGAGCGUCUGUCCUAAGAGCACUCGAGAGGUGAAGGAUCCUUCCAAGCCGGACUUUGGCUGCCUCGAGCACGGACACGAAGACGCUGCGCCGCGUUCACCUCCAGUGCCUCUUCCUCCUCUUGUAGCUGAAAGAACAGCUACCAUGAGUGACGCAGACAAGUUCCUGUAUGGGGACCGCAGCGGGAUGAACAACCCACUGGCUCAGGCCGACUGGGCCAGCAAGAAGCAGGUGUGGGUUCCCUCUGAAAAGUUGGGCUUCGAGGCCGGCUCCAUCAAGGAGGAGCAUGGCGAGGAGUGUGUGGUGGAGCUCAGCGACUCUGGCAAAAAGGUGAAAGUCAACAAGGACGACAUCCAGAAGAUGAAUCCACCCAAGUUCAACAAGGUGGAGGACAUGGCCGAGCUCACCUGCCUGAACGAAGCCUCUGUGCUGCACAACCUCAAGGAGCGCUACUACUCAGGACUCAUCUACACAUACUCUGGUCUCUUCUGUGUGGUGGUCAACCCAUACAAGUACUUGCCCAUCUAUUCGGAGGACAUCAUUAACAUGUACAAGGGCAAGAAAAGACACGAGAUGCCGCCUCACAUCUACGCCAUCACCGACACCGCCUACAGGAGCAUGAUGCAAGAUCGAGAGGAUCAGUCCAUUCUUUGCACUGGAGAGUCCGGGGCGGGGAAAACUGAAAACACCAAGAAGGUCAUUCAGUAUCUGGCCCAUGUGGCCGCUUCUUUCAAGUCCAAGAAGGAUCAGGGCAGCACUGUUCUGUCACAUGGGGAACUGGAGAAGCAGUUGCUGCAGGCCAACCCCAUUUUGGAGGCCUUUGGCAAUGCAAAGACCGUCAAGAAUGACAAUUCUUCUAGAUUUGGAAAAUUCAUCAGGAUAAACUUUGAUGUGAAUGGGUACAUCGUUGGAGCCAAUAUUGAAACAGACCUGCUGGAGAAGUCACGGGCCAUCAGACAAGCUAAAGAGGAGAGAAGCUUCCAUAUCUUCUACUACAUGCUAUCUGGAGCAGGAGACAAGAUGCGCUCUGAGUUGUGUCUGGAAGACUACAGCAAAUACCGUUUCCUGUCCAAUGGCAACUUGACAGUUCCAGGCCAGCAGGACAAGGACAUGUUCUCUGACACCAUGGAAGCCUUCCAGAUCAUGAGCAUCCCAGAAGAGGAAAGAAUUGGCCUGUUGAAGGUGGUCUCAGCCGUGCUGCAGUUGGGCAACAUGACCUUCAAGAAGGAACGUCACUCUGACCAGGCGUCUAUGCCAGAUGACACCGCCGCCCAGAAAGUUUCUCACCUGCUGGGCAUCAACGUGACCGACUUCACGCGCGCCAUCCUGUCACCUCGAAUUAAGGUUGGCCGGGACUAUGUCCAAAAAGCCCAGACCCAGGAGCAGGCUGAGUUUGCUGUGGAAGCUCUAGCAAAAGCUUCAUAUGAGAGGAUGUUCCGCUGGCUGGUCAUGAGGAUCAAUAAAGCUCUGGACAAGACUAAGAGACAAGGAGCCUCCUUCAUUGGUAUCCUGGACAUUGCUGGCUUUGAGAUCUUCGAGCUCAACUCCUUCGAGCAGCUGUGCAUCAACUACACCAACGAGAAGCUGCAGCAGCUCUUCAACCACACAAUGUUCAUCCUGGAGCAGGAGGAGUACCAGAGGGAGGGCAUUGACUGGAGCUUCAUCGACUUUGGCCUUGACCUGCAGCCCUGCAUUGACCUCAUUGAGAAACAUGCCGGACCUCCUGGCAUCUUGGCUUUGCUGGAUGAGGAGUGCUGGUUCCCCAAAGCCACAGACAAGAGCUUUGUGGAGAAGGUGGUUCAAGAGCAAGGAACACACCCCAAGUUCCAGAAACCCAAGAAACUCAAGGAUGAGGCUGAUUUCUGUAUUAUCCACUAUGCUGGGAAGGUGGACUACAAAGCAGAUGCUUGGCUGAUGAAAAAUAUGGAUCCUCUUAAUGAGUGUGUGGCCACUUUGCUCAACCAGUCCACAGACAAGUUUACUUCCGACUUGUGGAAAGAUGUCGAUCGUAUCGUGGGCCUGGAUAAGGUAGCAGGGAUGUCAGACUCCAUGCACGGUGCAUUCAAAACCCGCAAAGGCAUGUUUCGCACAGUGGGCCAACUGUACAAGGAGCAGCUGGGGAACCUGAUGGCCACACUCAGGAACACCAAUCCCAACUUCGUCCGCUGCAUCAUUCCCAACCAUGAGAAGAAGGCGGGUAAACUGGAGCCUCAUCUGGUUCUGGACCAGUUAAGGUGUAAUGGAGUUUUGGAGGGGAUCCGUAUCUGCAGACAGGGCUUCCCUAACCGCAUUGUCUUCCAGGAGUUCAGACAGAGGUAUGAAAUCCUCACUCCGAAUGCCAUUCCAAAAGGAUUUAUGGAUGGCAAGCAAGCAUGUGUGCUCAUGAUCAAGGCCCUGGAGUUGGACUCCAACUUGUACCGCAUCGGUCAGAGUAAAGUUUUCUUCAGAGCCGGCGUCCUGGCUCACCUGGAGGAGGAAAGAGACAUGAAGAUCACUGAUGUCAUCAUCAGCUUUCAGGCAUUGUGCCGAGGAUACGUGGCCCGCAAAGCCUUUGCGAAAAGACAACAGCAGCUGACUGCUAUGAAAGUUAUCCAGAGGAACUGUGUCGCUUACCUCAAACUUCGGAACUGGCAGUGGUGGAGGCUUUUCACCAAGGUGAAGCCGCUACUGCAGGUGACUCGGCAGGAGGAGGAGAUGGUGGCGAAGGAGGAAGAGCUCCAGAAAGUCAAAGAAAGGCAACUGCAGGCUGAGGAGCAGAUUCAAGAGUACAAAAGCAAGCAGCAGCAGCUGACCACCGAGAAGCUGGCCCUCCAAGAGCAGCUCCAGGCUGAGACGGAGCUGUGCGCAGAGUCUGAGGAAAUGAGAUGCCGUCUUGCAGCAAAGAAGCAGGAACUGGAGGUGAUACUUCAGGCUACGGAGGCUCGUCUGGAGGAGGAGGAGGACAGGGUUGGCCAGCUGCACAACGAGAGAAAAAAGAUGCAGCAAAACAUUAACGAACUAGAGCAGCAGCUGGAUGAGGAAGAAGCAACCAGACAGAAGCUCCAGAUGGAGAAGUUGACCGUGGAUGCUAAAAUGAAAAAAAUUGAGGAAGACAUGAUGGUGCUUGAUGACCAGAACAACAAGCUCAACAAGGAGAAGAAACUGUUGGAAGAGAGGAUCUCUGAGUUCACCACCAACUUGGCUGAGGAAGAAGAGAAAUCUAAAAGCUUACAGAAACUCAAGAAUAAACAUGAAGCCAUGAUCACAGAUUUAGAAGAUCGCCUAAGAAAGGAGGAAAAAAUGCGCCAGGAGCUGGAGAAGAAUCGCCGUAAACUGGAGGGUGACUCAAACGAUCUCAGUGACCAGAUUUCAGAACUUCACGCUCGGAUUGCUGAACUUGAAGCUCAGCUCGCCAAGAAAGAGGAGGAACUGCUUGCUGCACUGGCCAAGAUUGAGGAGGAGGCUGCAGCCAAGAACAUGGCCCAGAAGAAGAUCCGGGAACUGGAAGCUCAGAUCUGUGAUUUGCAGGAGGAUCUGGAGAUGGAGAGGCAGGCGCGCAACAAGGCAGAGAAGCUGCGCAGGGAUCUGGGAGAGGAGCUGGAAGCUCUCAAGACUGAGCUGGAGGACACUUUGGACUCAACUGCAGCACAGCAGGAACUCAGGAGCAAACGUGAGAUGGAAGUUACCCAUCUCAAGAAAACUCUGGAUGAUGAGGCCAAGGCCCACGAACAGCAGAUGGCUGACAUGAGACAAAAGCACAACCAGGCAUUUGAUGAGCUCAAUGACCAGCUGGAGCAGGCCAAGCGGAACAAGGUUUCGGUGGAGAAAUCCAAGCAAGCCCUGGAGAGUGAGUGGAACGAGGUGCAGAUUGAGCUCAAUACUCUGAGGCAAGGCAAAGCAGAUUCAGAACACCGUCGGAAGAAGGCCGAGUCCCUAGUUCAAGAGCUACAGGUCAAAUUUGGAGACAGCGAACGGCAGAGGCAGGAGAUGGCCGAUAAGAUGGCCAAGAUGCAGUCUGAGCUCGACAAUGUCAACAGCCUGUUGACCGAAGCAGAGGGCAAGAACAUCAAAUCCAGCAAAGACCUUUCUUCAGUUGAGUCUCAGCUCCAGGAUGCUCAGGAGCUGCUCCAAGAGGAGACUCGCCAGAAACUGAACCUCACCAGUCGCUUGCGACAGCAAGAGGAGGAGCAGAACACUCUGCGAGAGACGCUGGAUGAAGAGGAGGAGAGCAAGAGAAACGUGGAGAAACAGGUCUCCCAUCUUCAAAGCCAGCUGACUGAGCUGAAGAAGAAGUUUGACCAAGAGGUGGCCAACCUGGAGAUUGCAGAGGAGACACGCAAGCGAAUCCACCGAGAUGCAGAGUGUUUGCAGCAGCAGCUAGAAGAGAAGAGCGCCGCCUAUGACAAACUGGAAAAGACCAAAACUCGUUUACAGCAGGAGCUGGAAGACCUCAUGGUGGACCAGGACAACCUGAGGAAUGUGGUCUCCAACCUGGAUAGGAAGCAGAAGAAGUUUGACCAGAUGCUGGCUGAAGAGAAGACCAUCUCCUGUCAGUAUGCUGAGGAUCGCGACAAAGCUGAGGCUGAUGCCAGGGAGAAGGACACACGAGCUCUGACGCUUGCACGCGAGCUGGACACGAUGACUGACCUGAAGGAUGAGCUGGAUCGGGCCAAUAAGCUCCUCAAAGCCGAGAUGGACGACUUGGUCUCCUCCAAAGACGACGUGGGCAAGAGUGUUCACGAGUUGGAGAGGUCAAAGCGUGCAAUGGAUCAGCAGCUGGAGGAAAUGAGGGUUCAGCUGGAGGAACUGGAGGACGAACUGCAGGCCACCGAGGACGCCAAACUACGCUUGGAGGUCAACAUGCAGGCCAUGAGGGCUCAGUUUGACAGAGACCUGCAGGCCAGAGACGAGCAGGGCGAGGAGAGGAGGAAGCAGCUGGUCAAACAGGUUUGUGCGAUGGAAGUGGAGCUGGAGGAUGAACGCAGGCAACGUUCUCAGGCUCUGUCCUCCAAGAAAAAACUGGAGUUGGAUCUGGGCGAGCUUGAAAAUCAGAUAGAUGCCGCCAACAAGGCAAGGGAUGAGGCCCUCAAACAGCUGAAAAGACUACAGGCCCAAAUGAAAGAGCAAAUUAGAGAGCUUGAGGACCUGCGCUUGUCCCGAGACGAAGCAGUCAACAGCGCUAAGGAGACUGAGAGGAAGCUGAAGACCAUGGAGGCUGAUGCCCUGCACUUGCAGGAGGAUCUCGCCACUGCAGAGCGCCUCAAGAGACAAAUCCAAACUGAGAGAGAUGAGCUCCAGGAUGAGAUUAACAACAGCAACACUAAAAUUUCUCUGCUGACUGAAGAGAAAAGGAGGCUGGACGCUCGCAUCACUCAGCUGGAGGAGGAGCUGGAGGAAGAGCUGCUUAACGCAGAGAUGGUCAACGACCGUCUCAAGAGAAGUGCCCUGCAGAUGGAGCAGUUGACUACCGAAAUGAAUGCAGAGCGCAGCACCUCCCAGAGACUGGAGGGGGCUCGUUCCCAGAUGGAUCGCCAGAACAAGGAGCUGAAGCUGAAGCUGCAGGAGCUUGAGGGCACCGUCAGGUCUAAGUACAAGUCCACCAUUGCCACCAUGGAGGCCAAGAUUGCACAGAUGGAGGAACAGCUUGACAUAGAGUCCAAGGAGCGUCAACAGGCAUCCAGACUGGUCAGGAGAACAGAAAAGAAGCUGAAAGAGAUGAUGUUACAGGUUGACGAUGAAAGACGCAACACAGAGCAGUAUAAGGAUCAAGCUGACAAGACAAACAAUCGUAUGCGUCAACUUAAGCGCCAGCUUGAAGAGGCCGAGGAGGAGCUGACGCGAGCCAACGCCUACCGUAGGAAGCUACAGAGGGAGCUAGAUGACGCUGCAGAGUCUGCAGAUGCCAUGAACCGGGAAGUCAGCAGUCUGAAGAGCAAGCUCAGGCGUGGCGAUGUGCAUUUGAACAUACGACGCACCAUGAAUCGCACGGGGUUGGAGAGCGAUGAAGAUGUGGACGUGAUGACUGACGUGUCCGAGCCUGCUGCUGAGUGAGCGGAGGAACAAGAAGAGGGGGAAAAACGUUUGGAUGAUUUAAAGUAAAUGUGCAACUUUUGCCAAACAAAAGCCAUGACAAUGAAAGUAUACAUCAUUCUAGGACAGAAUUUGCCUUUCAUUUCCUUGGAUGAUGAUGACCUAUUAUCCUUAUUGACCUUUUAUAUAUAAUGCAUUCACAUUAAGGCCAAAUGUUCACCACACUCAACAUUUGUUUACUCUUACUCUAGUCAUUUUCUACUUAAAGGGGUUUAUCAUGUUGCUUUGGUUUAAUGUCUACUCACUGUUGCGCUAUUUUUGCAUACACAUUACGGUGCUGGUGCUAGCUCACAUUUGACAUCGGUUAAAGUCUGUAUUGUCUCUUAACUGGAAUGGUGGUAGGUUGCUUUCACUGGAACUUGAUUAGCAAGGCUCACACUCAGCACAUUCGCCUCGGAAUGUUGAAUUCUGCACAUUUUGGGUGAAAUGGAACUCCUUAAUACUGCAUUAUCAUAAAAGCAUAUCUAUUGCCGAUAUUUUAUGGCUGGUCUUUAUUUUAUCAAAUGCCUUAAUGCAAUAAAAAUAUAUCUACAACAUGCA